UCCAGUUUCCGUGGGUCCGAAAUCACCGGAUUUAACCGCCAGUGUAACUAUGCCCACGCCUGACAAAAGUACAGGAUUGGAGAAGACGGUGACAUCUACUCUGACGGUGACACCAACUAAACCUGGAGAACAAACCGUUUGCGUCGAUGCUGGGACUGGCUCGGAUGCUGACAGAAUCUGUUACGUGGUGAACGUGAAGAAACCAGUACCAGGAAAGACGACGGCAACAAAUCCCGGAUUUCUGGAGCCUUCAUUACCCGAUGAGAGCACUGUCAACUGUCAGGUCACCGUGCCAUGUCACGCAAUGUUCCACACUGCAAAAUGCCCCCUGACAUCUGGAAGCACAUCAGCCAUGACAUUCCCUGCUAUUUCUACGGACGGAACGUGUCAAACAGAUGUUUUAUUCACGCCUCCGCCAGGGGGAGAUAGUAACGUUUGCCUCAGCACUGUAGGCGAGAAACGAUGUUACAAGGUGAACGUCAUAGCAACAGACGAGUGCAAUCCUAACCCAUGUUUGAACGGAGGUGGUUGCGCAAAUCAACCACAGAAGCCCCCUGGGUACCGAUGCGCGUGCACAGAAUCUUUCACAGGAGACACAUGUCAAAAUCCAACAACGACUAACCCCUGCAGUUCGGGAGGGAUACUGCAAUCAACCACAAGUAGUUGCGACUGUCCCCUGGGAUACACCGGACCAACGUGUCAAUUUGGACCAUCAGCUAACACAGGAAGCACUCCGAAAUAUGCAGACAACAAUAUGGAAAAUGGAGGCACAAUUAAAUGUGUAAAGGACACACCAUGUGUCUUUCCAGUGCAUACACAAGCCCCUGGUGGAAGUCAUACAGCACCGACACUUACACCAGGACCUACCUCUGGUAAUGUGGGUGUCAGUGUGGAUCCGACGCCCAAACUGGACACUGCCACGGGUGUACCUGGUCUGUACACGACGCCGGUUACUCUGACGUCUCCAGAUAAAGGACCAAAGAAAGUUUGCUUUAAGCUGACAUCUGCAACAGCUGACUCAGUUUGUUACAACGUAGAUGUCACUGACGUCGGACUUACAACUCCUAAUCCGACAGGGUCGCAUUUUACCAACCCUACACUACCAGAUGGGAGCUCAUUAACAUGUGAAAACGAAUGCCAUAUCCUGGUUCACAGUACAAAGGAUCCCGUAUCUGGAAACUGUGAACAAGUCAGUUCCAGCUCGACAAUAGGCACGACAUUUAAAACAGUUGAAGAUGGAAGCGACUGUGUCACUGAUGUCCUAUACAAACCAGACAGUACAAACAAUAACUUGUGCAUCGAUGCAGGGCCUUCUGGAGAACACAGAUGCUAUGAUUUAAGGAAGACUCCAGUCACAGAUCCGUGUGCUGGUGAAUCCUGCAGCAACCAAGGUUCAUGUCUGAAACAAUCGACGGCAGCAGAGUGCGUAUGUGAUGCUGGUCAUACGGGCAGCAAGUGUCAAACUGCUUCAAGUUCCACCACAGAUGGUUUCUCCAGCCCUACAUUACUAGGCGGUUCAGUGAUCCCGUGCAUUGUGGGAACUACUUGCACCCUCCCCGUAAUGACUCGGCCAGGGCACAGCCUAAAGACACCUAUUGCCUCCAACAUCCCCCUUGUCGUUGAACCUGGCCUAACUCCUGCGGCGGAAACCAAAAUCCAAUUGUCACCGACUGACAAAAACAUCGGUGAAAAUAAGAUGUGUGUGGAAACCCAAGACGGGUCGUCAAAACGAUGCUACAUUGUCAAGGUACAGAGUCCAGGUGGCCUAACAACUCCACCUGGGUCUGCAGUGGGCACAUCUAUGCCGGGGACCCUAUCAGGCACUUUAUCUGGGCUCGGUGUUGACUCUAGCAAGCCCCAUGUUCUUCGACCAACUUUGACAAGCGGAACUAUAAUACCGUGUCCAUCAAGCUGUGACAUCUCCAUCCUCGUUGAUCCAGGGACGAAUCCACAGGGUGGUGUGGAAGUCGUUCAAACGAGAGGUCCACCAAUAGCAACACCAACCAUUACGCCCACACCGGACGGGAAAUUCAACAUCAAAGUUCCAAUAACACCUGAUAGUGCCAAACUCGGUCUCCAGCCCGUGUGUUUCAAAGUCAGGAAUAAACUUACAUCACUGGAGGGGAACGAAUGGUGUGCAAAUAUUAAUCCGACACCACAUGUUUCAACCCCCAAGCCUGCACUAGGCCUGACACCGAAGGAAAUAAUCUCGACUUCACUCCCUGACAACUCCGUCGUUACAUGUACUGUUGACACCACCUGCUCCGUCGACAUGAAAACAAUUCCUGGCACUGGAUUUCAGCCAACGACUGGUGCGAUCCCAGCCACUGUUACAACGGACCCUACUAACCCCGAUCUACACACGUUGUCCGUUACUCCCUCACAAACAGACAUUGGGGAGCAUACAGUCUGUGCAACGACAACCAACCACGACAGAAAAUGUUACACGAUAAAAGUCACCCCCAAUCCAAAUACGUUCGGGAAAGACCCAACGAAGACUCACCUGCCAACCAAUCCAAAUCUGCCAUGCGGACCUAAUGACCAUCCUGAGAUCGUCGGAGCCGCAUCUUCUGUAGAGUGUCUGUCAUCUGGAUGCAGCAUUCAUGUUCUUGUCAAGCCGCCAUCAUGCGUUACAACAAACCCGAUCUCGGUGAACCCGGUCGGUACAAGUCAGUUUAGCAAUGGUCCAGUUCGACCUGUGGGAUCAUAUAAAGAUGUCGAGAUUCAGAUUGGACCAUCAGCUCCCGGAUCCAAGAACGUUUGCAUGAAGGCCAGUGCAGGAGUAAGCUUAAUAUCACGACAGCUGUGCAUAAAGGUGGAGACGAAGCUUGACCCCAGUGGCAGCAUACCCACACCAGGUGCAAAACCCAAACCAGCAAGACCAACACAGGUCACUUGUACACUAGGAACGCAGUGUCCUAUUCCAAUUGCUACAUUGCCAGACAGGUUACUGCAGCAAAGUCCCAACCUACCCGUCAUGCCGCCGAUACUAAGCGGUGGCCAGUCCAUCCAACCGGUUCUGUAUCACGCCACGGUACCUGGCCAUCAUCAUGUUUGUGUUCAGGCCGAAAGCAUCUCUGACAGAAAUGACGUUGAAACAAUAUGCAUGGAUGUAGAUGUGGUAGCACCAACCCCAGAACCGGGAAAGCAAUGCAUUGGAGCCACUAAACAGCAAAUGAUCGAGGCAUACCAUUCAGGCAGAAUGACAUGCAAGUGUACAGAUCCUGUAACCAAGAAGACCACAACAGUUAUACGUCCUCGUGUGAGCAAUACCAAGCUGCUGAGUGUAGCCGGUGUAGGGUUCGGCAGCGGCGUGGGGACGCUAGCUCUGGUUGCCUUGGUCUAUCUGGCAGUCACCAAACUGAAGAGUAUGCCCUCUUCUGGUGACAGCUCUUCGAACCGCGACAUGCUCAACUUCGACUACGACAGGAAUUACUGACCGUUGAAGAAAACCUGACUUAUGAAUCACUCUUUGUUUUGUGUGUCUUUGUGUGUUAUGACAUCUUGUAUCUUUGUUUACUUUAAAGCCUUCUUGACAUAAAUAUUGCUAAAUAAUACUGAAUGGACUUCAUUUAGAAGUUUCAAGCCUUGAAAUUGCUGAAAACGUAAACUUUCUUGAGGACAUCACGUCUUAAAUAACCAUUGCAUUACGUUCUGUUUGUUUUGCUGUAUUGAUAUUGUCCCCUUAUGUACUAAAAAUAUAGUUACAGAUCAUACAGUUUCAAUUACCAAGAACGUGCACAAUAUACACACUUCGAUAUUUU